AUGGCAGAGACGUACUGCCCGGACUGCAAGAAGAGCACGGAGGUGGUGUUCGAUCAUUCGGCGGGGGACACGGUGUGCUACGAGUGCGGGCUGGUGCUGGAGGCGCACUCCAUCGACGAGACCUCCGAGUGGCGGACCUUCGCGAACGAGUCCGGCGACAACGAUCCCGUGCGUGUCGGGGGCCCCUCCAACCCUCUCCUCACCGACGGCGGCCUCUCCACCGUCAUCUCCAAGCCCAACGGCGCCCAGGGCGAGUUUCUCUCCUCCUCCCUCGGCCGAUGGCAGAACCGUGGUGCCAAUCCCGACAGAUCUCUCAUCCUGGCCUUUCGCACCAUCGCCAACAUGGCAGACAGGUGCCUUUUUGCAUUCUUAUUCGUUCUCUGCAUCCCUCGUUCAUACAUUAUUGCUGCCUCCUCCUGUCCGAUUGCCGCGGUCUUGCUGUUCAUCUGUGAUUUCGAUUUAUGAACGGUUUAUAUGGAUAUUUAAUAUUAUUUUCUGGUGAUUUCCGUACCCGUUUAUGGAAGUGGAGAAAGAGGCGAAUUUGAUUGACCCUUUUGUUGGUUAAAAGCUGGUAUUUUUAGAGAUGAUAUUAUAAAUUGGAUUGCGUCGUAGUUUGGUCCCUAUUUCCUGGGUUUAGUGCUUCAGAGGUUGAUCUAUUUUUAGCAUAUUAAUAUCAUUAUCUAAGGCGAAAGGUCGGAGGUUCUGAUUCAAUAGAAUGCUAUCACAGCAGGUGAUUUUUUCGUUUCUUGGAUUUGCCAACCGAAGAAUCGGCCGCCUCAUGAGUAAAACCGAGCUAGGGUUCCGGUCGGAGCCAAAUUUUGAUCCCUUUUUGAUUUCAUCCGUGAAUCAUGGUUAUCGAAACGUGUGCAUCCACGACAUGGGCUAUGAUCAUGGUGGUGCAUGCUACUUGAGCAAGCGGAGAAAAUUUGAAGACGGACCUUUCGCCAGAGUGCCACCUGGGCGGAGAUAUAGCAUAGAGUAAUAAAUAGGAAAGGUAACAGUCUUUAAUUUUUGAUGAGCGAAAGGUUGGCUCCGACGUGAAGAAGUUGACGAAAAUGGAUAGGCCCAGAAGUAAGCCAAAAUGUGAGCUUGUCUGAAAAGAAAACAAAAUUAGUAGUUACAAAUUGGUUGCAGGUGAGGUUGCAUUACAUAAAGGGAAAGUGACGGAAACUGAAGGAAACUGCUCAUCCAAUAAGCUGGGACAAGAAUAACUUGUCUUCUUUGCUGUUUUGAUUUUGGGCUCCAUUGGCGAUUUUUCGUGAAUGGAUUCCUCAUACGUACUAUAUUGGUGACAUGACUAUUCAAUUUGGCAAUGGUGCUGCGCAAUAAAGGAAAUAUUGGAACGUAAGUUCAUAAUAGAAAUUUAGAAGAUGAUAGCAGCUACAAUCUAGUUAACCUUCAGAGAUCUCAUUAAACACAGCAGUUUCAGAACUUAUGAAGACACAUCACUUGAGGAAUUGGGUUCUGCUUUUGGAAGGAGAAAAAAGCCUCUAUCACUUGAGGAAUUGGGUUCUGUUUCUGUGGAGAAAAUAUUCCCAUACCUCGGUUCAUGGUGAAUCUUUGAAACUAUUAACUUUGUCAACGCUGCUGCUCAAUGAAAAAGUGUACAGAUUGAUGACGUUAUUCAUUAAGGUAUCAGCGGGGCGUACAUUGUUGCUUCUCCCGAAUGCAUGCAGGUUUUCAUUCUCAGUUAACUUUGUGUACUGGGGAUGGAUAAUUCAUCGUGUAUAUUACUUUUGGGGAAUAGAACGUUUUAGAAUGAUAGAUUUUUGGGGAAGAGUUUGAUGACUUAGAUGAUAGAUUUUACGACGAGUAACAUACAACUGGUUGCACUUUUGACUUCAUUUUGCCUAUAGAAAUGCCAUUCGGUGAAGAUUAAAAUUGGACGUUGUGUAGGUUAGCAAUGGAAGAAAGAGUCAUUGAUCAGCAAAAAUGAAUCAGAAUACAUGACGUUAUAUGACGUGGAAUGAGAUAUUGUAGGAUAGGACCCUAUGAUAGAUCAAUAUUGAUGUGCAAGCCUCGCCUUUAGCCAGCAACUUUUUUGUAUCUUGGUUAUUUUGUUCAGAAGAAGGAGAAACUCAUGUUGAUUGUGACAAAUAUAAUCAACAGGUGUUGGGUGAAUUGCAUGGUGAGGCUGGUAUGCUUUGUAAACCUCUGGUGCUGUUGAAACUUGAAGGCAGACCUCCUAUACAGUUAUUCUGCGGUUUGACAAAGUGUCAGUUAGUUUAGAACGACCACAGGUUGCUGAUUUUAACAUGAAGUUGGAGGACCUUGGGUUAUAUUCGAAAAGAUAUGUUAGAAAAGCUGGUAUUGUCACAAUUGAGAAUAAACUCGGAAAUUAAGUAGAUUUUGAACAGUUUCACAUAUUGUUUACGUAGUUCAGUCCUUGUGAGAAUCAAGAGUGCUUUAUUUUUUGUGGGAGGAGCGGGAUGAAAGAUAAAGCUAAAGAGACUCGAAUGGAUUUAGCUAAAGUGAAUCUGGAAGAAGUUGAAAUGUUUGGAUUGCUAGAAAUUAAAAAGGAAAAUUUUGGUUAAAUAUUAAAGAUGCUCAUAGUAAAGGAUGGCCUUUGGUCAGCAUGCUAUUGUGUUUAACUGGAUAUUUCGGUUGCAUAUUUUAUGGUUAUGUUCUCUCAACUUUCUGCUUGAAAAGAAUUACGCAUAUCAAAGCAUAUAGAAAUUUGAAACUUUUUAUUUGUCUUAAAUUGUUAACUUCCACUACGUGAUGAAAAUUUGAUGUUAUGUACUAAUUUAGUUGUUCUUUUGUUUCAGGUUGGGUCUCGUUGCAACCAUUAAGGUAUAUCCAUCUAUUUCUGCAUGUUGUUAAAGCCAAUGCUUGUUCCGUUUGUCAUACAUGGGGCCUCUAGUACCUUAGUAAUAUGUCAUCUGAUAGUACGUAUUCCAUCUACUUUAGAAGAUGUAGACUUGGACUCUCAUUCAUGACUGAGUAUGAGAUGUCAACUGUCUUGAUGCAUAAGUGAUGUCAGACGUUUUUACUUUCCUUUUUUUCUUCCUGUUAUAUGCAUGAAUGGAGCUCACUUUCUGAUGUACAUAGAUCCAUUCUUAUAUGCAUGAAUGGAGACAUUCACAUGUACUGAUCCAUUCUUGACUUCAGUUGCUAUGUAGAUCAGGAAAUUUCCUCACCGUAAACCACGAAGAUGGUAAUUAAUCAGGGCAGACAAGGAAACGCUUGACCUUUCUAAAUUCCUAGGCUUAGUGCCCUCUUUCAAUUAUAGUCUUCUGGAUGAAAUUUCAUUGAUUCGGCCGUCUUUGAAUACUAAUUCUAUCAUUUUACCGGUCUGCGGAAGCGAUUUGACUAUAGACAACAGAUUUGAGGAUGCUGCGGUAAAAUAUCUGAGCACGAUAUAUCGAGUAUGGUGUACUUUGUUGUUACAAUGAGGGUUUUUAAACGCCAGGCUACUACAAAGAACACUGUCUGAGUUAACUGUGAACCAUAUGGGUCCAUUCCGUUGGCAGAUCCAACUUGAACUUUGCGUGAAUCUGGGAUUGCAUCAGCUAGUUUGGCUUCUACCCAAGUAGACCUCAUUUGGUUUGAAAUGAAUGAUCGGGUUGUUUUCCACAAUCAAUUUCUGAUUGCUCUAGAUUUCAGUUUUGUUCGGCAGGUUUAUUUUUUUCAUAAUAUUUUCUGUGUUGACUGCUUGAGUUCCUUGUUGGAUCGCUGUAGCUUUUUGAUAUCAAUCUUCAUCCCUACUCUCUGGUAUUGAUUUUAGUGAAAUUCUUGAUUUGAGUUAACGAUGAGCAGUUUAGUGAGCCCUCCCAAGGAAGAAAACAUGAUUCUUUCGGCAUAUUAUUUUCCCUCUUCCGAUAUAACAUCCUAUGCUCUUCAAUUAUCUCUCCACUGGGCUGUACGUGUGUGUCCUCAGUAAAGCUGAAUGAUUUUUUGAAGGACCGAGCCAAUGAAAUAUAUAAGAAGGUGGAGGAUCUUAAAUCUAUCAGAGGAAGAAACCAGGAUGCCAUAUUAGCCGCCUGCCUUUACAUUGCAUGCCGACAGGAGGACAGGCCUCGCACUGUGAAAGGUAUGCCCUGCCUUUCCAUUUGGAUGCUCUGGUUUCCUGCCUCUACUAUAUAUAUAUAUAUAUAGAUAUGUGUGUGUGUGAAGAUCUAAGUGCAAUAUUGUAAAUGACUAAGGGUAUUAUGGGAAAGGGCAUGUAGGGUUUGUCCUUACUUAAGGGGCAUUAAAGGUGAAUGAAUGGGUGAGGCGGUUUCCGCAGGUCUCACCUCUGUUCUCUGUGACAGAGGAAGUUUCUCCUCCAUUUCAGUGCUCUCAAUGUCUCCAAUAUUUUCAACAUGGUUUUCUCUCAAUUUCCAAGCAUAUAUAUAUAUAUAUGUAUAUGUAAGCCCCAAUUUAUUUCUUUGCAUAGAAAUCUGUUCCGUUGCCAAUGGAGCCACAAAGAAGGAAAUUGGGAGGGCAAAGGAGUUCAUAAUAAGGCAGCUGGAGGUCGAGAUGGGGCAAUCAAUGGAGAUGGGUACGAUUCACGCUGGGGAUUUCUUGGUGAGCCGUCCUCCCUGAUAUUUUUCUCAGCACAUUUUAUUAAUAUUUAUUUAAAUGUUAUAAUAUUGGACGCAUGCAACUCAGGAACCAUAUGAUUUUGUUUUCCUGUGGGUCAGGGUGCCGACAAAGCCCAUCCACAGUAGAUCACUCCAAAAAAAAAGGGCUGAAAUAAAAAUUAAAAAAUACCCAUGAAAAUUCAUAACAGGGGCCAUGAAAAUAUAACUUUAAAAAAUAAAAUAAAAAUUAAUGCUAUCUUCAUGGCCUGAAUGGAUCUGGGUUCUGUUCAUGCUGAUAUUCUCAUCUUCUGAAAGCCAAAAAUCUCAAGUUCUCUGUUGCCUACCGUAAUUUGUAGAGACGGUUCUGUUCCCACCUCGGCAUGACCAAUCAAGCAGUCAAAGCUGCGCAGGAAGCGGUGCAGAAGUCUGAGGAGCUCGACAUAAGGUAUCCAUAUCGACUGAUCGUGCUAUUAUUUUCCUUUUGAAUCUUAUUGUCUGGGUCAGAUAUUUCACUGGAUCAUCCACCUCUAGGUAUAUGCUCCUGUCGAAUUAUUAUUAUUAUUAUUAUUUUAUUAUUUUGUCUGGUUGAAUGGAAGUAAUUGUGCUUGUUUUUUCUUUAUUUCUUUAUUAUCAUCGCCAGGAAGAUGCGAUAUUCUGCAAUAUUUACAUUAUGACGUGGCAAAAUGAAUCGGCCACAAUCCAACUGUUGACUCUGUUGGAGACUUUUCCUUGUUUGGUUUAAACUCGUGGUUUGGGUUGACGUUUGACUUGUGGUAAACAAGCUUAAAGGAAGAGAGAAGUGGCGGCAGUUGUGGGAAUUAUAGUCUGAAGAAUCACCUAUCCUCUGCAGGAGGAGCCCCAUAUCAGUGGCAGCAGCCGUCAUUUACAUGAUAACUCAGCUAUCCGAAGAUAAGAAGUCAACGGACGACAAGAAGCUGCUCAGAGGUACACCAUUUAUCUUCACUUAAAAGGGCAUUGACCGGGGGAAUGGGACCCAUCAGUCCUAGGGGGCGGGCAGAUUGUGGGCCUGCUACGUGGCGGCAACCCAGGUGCUCGACUCUAACGGACAUCACCCUUUUGAAAUCUUCAGAUAUCUCUAUAGCGACAGGCGUUGCGGAAGGCACCAUCAGGAACUCGUACAAGGAUCUGUACCCUUACGCUUCAAGGUUGAUUCCUGCGUCCUUCGCCAAGGAGGAGGAUCUCAAAAACCUCUGCAGCCCUUGA